AUGCCCCCCGCCCUCCUAAUAAUCGAUAUGCAAAACAUCUUCGCCCCCAUGACCAAAGCCGCCCUCCCCAAAAUCCAGCACCUGCACGCCUUUUUCGCCUCCAAAGGCUGGCCCCGUAUCUUCACGCAGCACGGCCACAGCAAAGCAGAACUCACGUCCCCGUUCACGAACCAGCUGGUCCGUAAAUGGGGCCCCGACGGCUCGAUCGCCAAGGGCAGCCACGACUGGAAGCUCAUGCCUGCGGUCCAGAAACUCGUUGAUGCCGACGCCGACGCCGACGCCUCGUCUGGGCACGAUAGCAAGGAAGGGGAGGCUCCACUUAUUAUUGCAAAGAAUACCUACGACGCCUUCCUGGGCAUCGUGCCCUCUACGAGCUCUGUCUCUGCGCCCUCCCAGCUGGAGGAGCUCCUUAGGGCUAGGGAUGUCACUAGAGUGGUGGUUUGUGGCGUCAUGACGGAUUGCUGCUGCGAUACGACGGCGCGCAGCGCGUUUAAUAGAGGGUUUGAGACCUGGCUGGUUAGUGAUGCGUGUGGGAGCGCGAAUCGGAGGCAGCAUGAGGCUGGGCUAAGGGGCUUUGGGUUUGCGUUUGGGGAGGUGCUUGAGACGGAAGAGGUUGUGGCAAGGCUGGAGAAGGGGGACUAG